AACACGGUUCAGUCACAUCGCCUCCCGCUGCAGAGGGGUGGCCAUGCAUAUUAAAACUAACACGCUUUUCCUGGGCGUGCGAUGAAGGCAGGACUGCUGACCUUCAGAGGAAGGAUCUGUGAGGAAAAGGGAUCCAAUAGGCACACAGCUCCACUCGAGGAGGAGAAGGAGACUCAGAGGACAAGAGAGGGAGGGAGAACCUGAGGAGCCUUUCAGAGAGAGAGAGAGAAAGAGAGAGAGAGGGAGAGAGAGAGAUUGUCGCUUCAUUAAGGAGGCCCGGUACCAGCUGCAGGACUAGGACCAUGAAGGCUGGGUUUGGAUAUUAUCUUCUACUAAUCUUCUUGCUUCUUAGUGCAGUCUGGGCUCAGAGGCCAAGACCACGGCCAAGGCCGAGACCAAGUCCAACCAGAAAGCCUUUGCCCAGUGCUACCAGAAAGCCAGUGCCCAGUGCUACCAGAAGGCCAGUGCCCAGUGCUACCAGAAGGCCUGUUAUCCCCGAGGUUGAGCCCUCAGAACCUACAGACUUUCCACCUCCAAUUCUGGGCCCACCAUCUAUCUUCCCAGAUUGUCCCCAGGAGUGCUUCUGCCACCCCUCUUACCCUGACUCGCUGAACUGUGAAAACCGGAACAUCCGUCAGAUCCCCUUAAUCCCACCCCGCGUACAAUACCUCUACCUCCAAAACAAUUAUAUUGACGAGGUGACAGCCGAGCCAUUCAAAAAUGCCACCGAGCUCAAAUGGGUUAACCUGGAUAACAACCGUAUCCGCAGGGUGGAGCGGCAAGUCUUUGAAAAGCUCCCCAACCUCCUGUAUCUGUACAUGGACAAGAACAACCUAAAGGAGGUUCCCAACAACCUGCCGGCAAGCCUAGAACAGCUGCGCCUCAGCCGCAACCAGAUCACUAAAAUCCCAACUGGCCUCUUCAACAAGAUGGACCACCUGGUUUUGCUUGAUCUGCACCAUAACAAGUUGAGUGACAGUGACCUUGGCAAGAACGUCUUCAAGGGCUUGAGGAACCUAGUGCAGCUCAACCUGGCCCACAACAUCCUACGGAAGAUGCCUAGUAAUGUUCCCCAAAAUAUCUACCAGCUAUUCCUGGACAGAAACAACAUCGAGGACAUCCCUAUGGACUACUUCAAGGAUUUCCACAACCUAGCCUUCGUCCGACUUAACUUCAACCAGCUGAGUGACAGAGGCAUCCCCAAGAGGGUCUUCAAUGUGUCCAGCCUCCUGGAUCUGCAUCUGGCCCACAACAAGUUGAACUCUGUGCCCACUUUCAACAUGCAUUUGGAACACCUAUAUCUCAACAACAAUAACAUUGAAAUGAUUAACGGCACAGAGCUCUGCCCAUUUCCUGUGAUGUCCAUUGAGCCCCAUGACGAGAGCCUACUUCCCAAGCUGAGGUACCUGAGGCUGGAUGGAAACCAUGUGAGUCCACCCAUCCCCCUGGAUGUGAUCAUGUGCUUCAGGAACCUCAAAUCGAUCGUCAUGUAGGGCGCCCCCCUAGCCCCUGCAGUGUGGCAUCGACACACACCAAUAGUCAGAGACGGGUCGUGUUUCCUUCUUGCUGUAUUGGGUCUGUGGACGGAGCUUGAGACUUUCAAGAGGAGAGCACGAAACCAGAAGAAGGGCAUAUUUCUGUGCUAAAAGCAGGAAUCUCUCUUGCUAAAUUAUUCACUAUCAAAGCACAAAUUGUAUUAUUUAGAUAUUAAAAAACAAAGCUAAAUUUCCUGUUACUUUUUUAUUGAGCAUGGAUGUACUUUCUGUUACCAUAUUACUUGUUUCUCGACAUUUUGUUUUUGUAAUGAUGAUGGUAAUACAAAAAAUGGGUGCAAUAGACCUAAAAAUAAAGGUACAUUAACUGACAUACUGUAAACAUACAGAGUAGUUACGGUGACCGGCUGAUUUGUACAUAUUCCUGAUCUGUAAAGGCAGACUAAGGACAGAAAUCCUGACUUGAAACAAAAAACUGAAAAUGGAGAAAAUCCUAAUAUAUUUAAGCAGUUGGGCCAGAAAUACAUAAACACACGUGACUACCAUGUAGUUGAAAUGUCCUCAAUGUACCUAUGUUUUAAGGUACUUUGUGUAAAAAAAAAACAAAAAAAAAACAAAACAUUUUUAUCCUUGUUUUGUAAAAAUAAGUUCUGUACAAAUUAAAUGUGUGAUUCAGUUCUACAUUUGCAAAUACAAUCUUGUCACUCUUUGGCAUCUAUUAGAACUGUAUCUGUAGCUUUGUAAACAAUAAAAAACUAAAUUUGA